AUGGGAUCCUUCCACCAAAGCUGGCGGCAACUCCUACUCCUGUCUUCCCUCUUCCUGCUUCACUCGCUCACCGCCUACCCGGCUGUCUCCGGAAUUUUCUACACUCUCUGCCGGAACCCCGGAACCUACACUGCCAAUGGCACCUUCGAGGCCAACCUCAGUCAUCUCAUCUCGUCCCUGUCCGCCUCUGCCCCGGUCACGGGCUUCGCCAACGACACGGUUGGCUUGGGCCCCGACCAGGUUUUCGGGCUCGCCCAGUGCAGGGAAGACCUCACCGAGGAGCAGUGCGGGGUAUGUCUGGUCGCUGGCGUAGAAGAGGUCACGAGGUUAUGCCCUUACAAAAAGGCCGCCGUCAUGUGGAACGAGACCUGCCACUUGAGGUACUCCAACCAGAGGUUCUUCGGCAAGCUGAGGGGGGAGAAGCUGAUAAGGUGGAUCACUGGGAACGUGACGAGCGACCCCAAUUUUGACCGCAUCCUCCUGGGCCUACUCGACGGGCUAACGGCGCGCGCCGCCGUGUCCCCGCGCAUGUUCGCAACCGGCAAGACGAAAGUGGACGUCUACGACCUAUACGGGCUGGUUCAGUGCACGAGGGACCUCGCCCUCGAUGUCUGCGGUCAGUGUCUGAAAACGGCGAUAGGCGAUGUGCAGAGGUAUUGUGAAGGAAAGCAGGGCGCGUGGGUUAUCGAGGGGAGCUGCGACGUCAGGUACGGUGUUUUUCCCAUUCUUCAACGGCUCCGCCGGCGGCGGCCGCUGAACCCUAUGCAGGAGGACGACCGUCGCAGAAUAAAGGAUCCGUCCUAG